UAAUCCCAACAUGGCGGUCGGUUGUUCGUCAAUACGUGGCCGUAGUCAAAUGCUGUUUAAACUUCUGUUUAUCUUGUGUCUUUCACCAAUUCACAGCUUGGAUUAUGACAAGAGCUCUUCUCUGAUUGAAGAAAAAUGUGCUUACGGUGACUACGAGAACGUGAAUGUUAAAUUUGGUGGAAAAUAUUUCCUCUCCCAGUCAAAUUGUGGUGCAGAUGUACCGUUGAAGGAUGUGAACGAGAAGCAGCCGCCGUCAGUAACUUUCACAGAUGCAGUAAGUAGUACUUUUUAUAUGUGAUGAUGAUGAUGAACUUUAUUUAAAUGUGUCUGGUUUUCUAGCUAGCCUGGUAAGACCUACAAAUAGGGGACACUAAUUAAAAUACCACCAAACUAACUACUUAAUAUAAGGAGAAUAUUUACAAAGAAUAAAAUUGAAAUAUUAACCAACCUAAGUACUUAAUGUAAGAAGAAUAUUUGCAGAGAACAACCUGUAUUGGUUUAAAAACCAAAUAGCUAUUUUACGAUACGCGAUUGGAAAUGGAUAGCAAUAGUAAGGGUUUUAAGGUUAUGUUCACAGUAUACCUGAGUGGCAGGUACAAAACACUGGUUACAAGUCACAGGUCACAAGUGCAGGUCACUUCUCUAUUGAUAAAUAACUAAGAUAGGCAGUUUCCUUUCAAGCUAAAACUCCUUUUUGGAUAGCCUCAUAUUAAUGUGAUCAAUGAGACAACACAUGUGCUGUAAAUGUAGUAUGCUUCUUUAAAGAUAAUCAUUGAGAAAUUGUUUUGGUUAAUACAAAAGCAAGGACUUUGAUGUCUCAAGCGCUUUCUUGGGUUAAAGAAUAGCUAGGUUAGUUCGUAUUAACUUGUGAAGCUGACCUACUACUUUUAAACCAAAGAAAUGAAACACCAGAAAAGAUAUGGUCCUGGCUCAGGUUGUUCAAACAUUGGUUAGUGCUAUCCACCAGUUAAAUCACUAUCCAGUGGAUACAUUGUAAGUAUUACAAAAACCAAUGGCGUUAUCCUCUGGAUAGUGAUUUAUCCAACUGGGGCCAGGAGCAUAUGAUAAAAUAUCGAGUUUUGUGGGCAGAUUUUGAAGAAGACGAGCCAGUAGCCUACAAUAGUUGUACUUCGGGGAGAUAAAAGGACAAGAAAAAUGAUGUUGCCACUAUUGCAACCUAAUGGGCAUUUUACACCCAGGAUGGAAAUGAGGCUGUGGAUAAAACUUUAUCAUACAUUUGAUAAACAUCCAUCAAAUCUUCACUAUUAUCAGGAUGUGUUGAGAAUUUAGCCCUUUCCUGGAAAGAUAGCCAGCCACAAUUCCAUGGGAAAGAAACAUAAUAAUGUGGGUGAUAAAACUGGUUAUAAAAAAGAAAGGCCAAGGAAAUAGGUGGAUGGUUUGUCUUUUUUUGGUCUUCUCACUUUUUCAGUGUAUCUAGCCCUCCUAGGAUGCACGCUCUUUUUUUCAUGUGCAAUCUGGGGUCAAUUUAAUAAAACUUUCACAAGUGUAGCUAUUGUUUGUGAACCCUAAAACAAUGACAAGUUUAAUUAAAUUGACCCCAGGUACUUUUUUUGGUAAAAGGGGAAAAAAGAACACCUGAUACAUUUACUUCACGAGUUGUCUGCUGCCCCCUAAUUAAGGCAUCUGUCAUCGUUUGUUUUGUCAUGUCAGAUUCUACAGGAAAUUCAAGCGGUUGGCAACAAAGGUGGCUAAUAUAUAUACCUGCUUUCCAGGCAAGUGGUGAAUGCCAAGUUGAUACGGUAGUCGCUAACGAAAACAUCACAGAUUUUAAAGACUGAUUUAGCACUGCUGUUAGUGCAAAUCUUGCCUUAUCGUUGCCAUGUGGUACCUAUAUUCAAACAGCUCUUCCUCAUCAGUUUUCAAGGUUUUUCUCUUUGCAUUGUUGACUUGAUUUACUAAAAACGUAUUGUUUUAAGACCAAGCUUAACCUAAGCUUACUGCUAAUUGAAUUCCUCAACCAUCUUGUGGCUUUUGACAUGAAGAGAUCAGGGCUGUCACUAAGAUUUCAAGUUGCCUGGUAUCAAUCAAUCAAUCAAUCAACACAUUUAUUUUACAAUGCUAACCACACAAUAAAAAAUGUAAUUUCUUACGAUUGAGAGACGUGGAAACGAAUUAGUCAGAAAUUGAUAUUCUGACGGCACAGUAUAGAGGCAUGCUGGUGUUCCUGGGAUAGUAUCAGACUAUUUAUGGUUUUAGCAGGUGACUUGUGCCAUUCUACAUUAGCUCAGUCGUUCUGAUAGUUUUUGUUUUGUUUUUCUAUAUUUUAUUUUGUUACAUCUUCAGAUCUGUGUGUUUUGGAAUAACGUUUCUUAUUUCGGUAUAUAGUUUAUGAAUUUAGGUAUUUAGACUCGCACCCUUUUCCAUUAGUAUAAUUUUGGAGUAGUCUAUGUAACAUUGUAAUGUAUUUUUCUUGAUCCCUUUUCCUGGGGUUUUACAUACCACUGCAUUAGUAGAGGAAUACGUUCCCACACAUUUUCUGGCCACUUCAAGGGUGGUUUUUUAGUGGUUUUUCAUAUCUGGCAUGGCACAAGUUCUAGCUUAGAACAUAUAUAUUUAGUAUUUUGUUAGAAGGAUAUCAUUGCUUUAACAUCUGCAUCAGAUGACUGACUGACACAUCCUAAAUGAAGGUUUUUACAUUUGAAUAUCUCGUGUUAGUGGAGUCCGAAUAGCUGGUUUCCAGGUGGGACGUAGGCAAACACGCAUUACAAUCAAAUAGAAGCAGUAUGGUGUUUAAAAAAGUCACAAAAUUUCAGAGAAUAAGUAAUUAUGCUAGUAUUAAAGUAUAAUUAUGUUGAUGGGAGUUUUGAAGAGAAAUUACUAUAAGUUUAUAUAUGUUACAGUAGGAGGAGGAACUGAACAGCCAGGUAGUUCUUUUGGUCUCAUCUUUCUUUUGUUUCCUAAGAAAAUAGCUGGGGUUCAUGCUCAUAGUAGCUGGGUGAAAUCCCCAACCCCCUGCCCUUAAUGACAUUCCUGAGAGAUAAAGGUCAGGACGUAUCUAAUUGCACCGGAAGUUGCUUGUAACAUCCGUGACAGGACUCCAAAGUAUCUUUUGUUUUUCAACCAGUCAGACAAAAGUCCAGAUUCUGGAUUACAGGCAGACGACGCGUAAAGUUAAUAUAUCGGGCAGUCCCCUUCCACUUGUCUCCCAAACAAAACGGAAGAAGGACUGCCUGAUCACAGGUUAGCUCUUUGUACAGUGGAAGAGCACAAUCUGACAGAAGUGAGAAGAUAUAUUUUUGUUUCCAAGAAAAAAGCCUGUAAAUUGUUAUCAUGCUGGCUUUUUUCCCAGAAUUAUGGAUUGAACGAAAUCUUUUCAUGUUAAAUUCUUUGAGAUUGUGUUUUGCCAUUCCAGAAGGCAUUAGUUUUUCUCCCAACCCUUUACUUUUUUUGACAUGAAAAUAUUAUAAAAAAAAAGGAAGCAUAACAAUGUUAAUACAGUGAAACCUCUAUUAAGCGGACACCUUCAGGACUGUCCCAAGUGUCUGCUUAAUAGAGGGUGUCCCCUUAAUAGUGGACUGGAAAAAUUGUGCAAUGUUUGUUAACAGUUGACAUUCAGUGGUUACUCUGUACUGUGAUAAAAUACCAUGUUGUUAAGGAAGGUAAGGAAGCUGUGCUGUACUUUGGGCAAGACUUAUAGGUGAACUUUGAUCGCAGAUGACAAUCAUACAGCAGGAUAUUGGUCUAAUCUACAGUUUACUGACAGCUAAAUGUAUUGAUUUAUCAACUACAGUACAUAUUUCAAGGACGUAAUACAAGGUCAGAUCAGGCUGGUGUCCACUUAAUAGAGGUUUUUAACUUUAGAAAUUAGCCAAAUACAAGUUAUUUUAGUGUCCAUGUCCACUUAAUAGAGGUUUCACUGUAGUUCACAUUUGUGUACUUUUUUUCUAGCCAUGUUGUUUUAUUUGAAACUACUGAAGUAUGUUACCAAGUUAGGGAAGGUAGGAUUGCCUCCUUCAAAAGUCCUGGCAAACUUACAUUCUAGGUUUAUUCAUUUAAGGUAAAGGGCAAAAAAUACCUUGUUGCAAUGGUGGAUCCUGAUGCACCUUAUGCAGACAACCCAGGCUGUCAGAGCUGGCUUCAUUGGAUUGUUGUCAACAUUGAUGUAAGAGAUAUUACUACAAAUUUUCCUUUCUUUGUGAAUAAUUUUUGUAUUGUCAAGAUAUUGUCUAAGAACCAUCUCUUUGUAUUUAUUAUUUUGUACUAAUUGGUUCUGAGUAAUAUUCAUUCAACGUAUAUUAGUGACCUACGGGUACAUGUAGGCAAAAAUGUUUCCUUUGUUGUUUUGAAUAAUAAACCCUUUACCAUCAACCAGUUAUGAGUCAAUCAACCAUGAUUUCCCAGAUGUGAUAAUGGCAUCACCAUUCUCUCCGAUAGCUUGAAUGCGAUUUCCCCUCAGGGAGACUAUUUAAACCAUAUGUACAACUACGGUACCCGUACCCUCAAAUGUAAACGGGCUCUAUUAUUUAUUGAUCUCCAAAUUACAGCUGCCCGAUCUUAUAAUAAUAGUACUAAUAGUUUAUUAACACUUCCGGCUGUUAAAAACUGACUAAACAGUGCAAUUUACAAUUGGAUACUAAUAAUUAAGUCUAUUUACAGUAAUAAAUAUCACAACAAUUGGAAUCAAGAAAACUUAAAAAAGUAAACAAGUCAUUUGCUCUCUUUGUCCUUUUCAUUGUUGAAGUGGUUUUAGUAUUUCCUGAUCUUAACUGAUAUGGGAUAGAUCUUGUUUUAACUAAUGCGGAGCUAAGAAAGAUAUGGGGUGGCUCUCAUUCCUCAUCUCCACCAUCAACUUCUUACAUAUGAAUAUCCUGCAAUCUGUUAACGAUGUCAAAUUUGCUUAGUCUAGAGCUUGUUGAUAACUUAAGUUUAGAAAUAUUAUUCUUAAGGCUCUUUUUUGUAUAGAUUCAAUAGCAUCAGAAAGGUAUGCAGGAAUAUCUUGCCAUGCUUGCGCAGCAUACUCUAAGACCGAUCUGAUAUUAUAUGUGUAUGCGUUGAGCAUGUCUUCUGGCAUGACUCCUGCACGUUUCAACAACCUAAGAGCGUACAAUCUCUUAGCUGCCUUGGCAAUUACAUAUUCAACGUGAGCAUUCCAUUUAAGAUCAUCGCUAAUUAUAACUCCUAAAAGCCCUUCUUCUAGCCCCCUUUUGGUUAUUUCAAGCAUCCUGUACUCUUCUUUAACAGCAUCUUCAAUAAAACAUUUGUAAAUAAAUUUUGAACAUUGUUGUUUAAAAAUUAGAUUGUAGUAGUUAAAAAAACAAACAAGGUUAAGCAUAAGGGCUGUUACUUAGAGAGGGGGGCUAGGGAAUUACUCUCUAUGAGGAUGACCCUUGGUUACUUUCUUAGAAAAUAUUCCAAGACUUUCAAUUCCCUGCAGCUGAGUAUACUAUUAAGCAUUUGCCUAGCAAGUUGAAAUGUUAGUGUCAAAAUUUAAGUAACUGUCUUUUAUGCUCCUUCCAAAAACUUAAACCAGUCUUUGUCAGUGACAAAGCCCCACUUGAGGUUGCUUGCAAAUGCAUCGAUAAACCUUGUAUUUCCCACUGUAUUUCCAAUUUUCAAAAGGGAGGUUUAAAAGCAAAAAAUAGAAACUUACAUCUGCAUUUGUUGGUUCCUUUGAGACUACAGUGGAAAACCUUGUUAGUGUUUUCCUUUCUUUUUUGAAAAGAAUGUUUAGGGCAUUUUUUUUUUAUUUGAUGUUGUUGGUGUGAUUUUAAUACAGGGUGAGGACCUGGCCAAAGGAGUUAACACAUAUCCUCCUGUGGACACUAUUACAGGUAGGCCAAUGUUCCACCAAAAUUAUUUUGCACAGUGAUGAUUUAAGAUCGUUUUUAAGCACUAAGACAGAAUCCAUCAGGAAAUUGAGUAAUUUUAAUUUUCAGUGGACAAAAACCUUGUUCCUGAAUAAUUUAAACAAUAUUACAUUCUUUUAGCUCAGUUGGGAGAGGGCUGGUCUGCCGAGCGGGAGGUUGCAGGUUCAAACCCCGGCCGGACCAACACUCAGGGUGUUUAAAGAAAAGUGUUGCCUUUGUAAUGACAUCUGCAAAUGGUUAUAGACUUUCUAGUCUUCUCGGAUAAGGACAAAAAACCGUAGGUCCCAUCUCACAGCGCUUUCAUUGAUUUGUUCUUGUGGGACAUAAAAGAACCCACAUCACUAUUCGAAAAGAGAUAGGUUGUAGACCCCGGUGGUGUGGCCAACCUUUACGGGUUGUGGGAUUGGGUAGGGAUGGCAUGCAUGGGACCUGAGUCCCAUUUGUGUACAUUCCCUCUGGGCAGGCCUGUGUCCAGAAAAGCUGAUAAAUAUCCUAAAUAAAUAAAUAUCCUUUUUUACAGUUUUCAAGCCGGGGCUAUGGAUGUAAUUAGUUAUCUGUAAUAACACCAAAAAAAAUAAGAAAACAAACGUCAAAUUUCACAAAUAUUGACAUCUUACACAUGAAAUUUUCAGAAUUUUACAUGUGUUUUCACAAUUCUUGCAUGAUUUUCUUGCGCUUUAAAAUAGACAGACUAUAUUUUAAUAUUUCAGUAUGCUGUAAUACAGAAUUUUGGAAUCUGUCUUUAAAUUAACUGUCUGGUUACAUACAUGUUACGGUCCAAGCACUUUCAGUUUCUGACCCUUUUUUUUUUUAACUGGGACUUACUGGUUCUGGACUAGGACUCGUGAUUUUUCACAAAAUGAGUCCCAGGACUCACCAUAACUAUGUGUAACAAAAUCACUGAAGUCUGUGUUGUCCUUGAAAGUUCUUCGUAAUAGUGUCUUAGUAUAUAAUAUAGCAAACAAAGAAAGCACACCAUGUGCAUAGUGGUCAUUUAGAAAAGGUUAAAAACAAUGGGUAACUGUUAAACCAUCAGGCCAAAAGGUGGUUGCAGUUGCUUAUGAGAGGUAGUCAUUGACAAGAGGCUCAAAUAAUAUUAUAGGGCUUUGACUUGAAAAAGUUUGGUGUUUUGGAAAAAUGGUUGCUUAUGGGAGGUAGUCAUCAGAUGCUCAUAUGAACUUUUCCAAAAGCCAUAUGACUGUAAUAUCAAAUACUUUGACAAGUACUGAAAUUAAUAUGGCCAAUUUUAUUUAUCUUGUAGAUUACAACCCACCUUCUCCCCCUAAACCCAAGCCAGGAAAGACCAACAUUCACAGAUACUUCGUAUAUGUAUUUGAACAAGAAUCUGAGCUUCAACCAAAUGAGCUAGGGAAAUUAAAGGAAGAUUUUCAAGAGCGCUGUCGUUUUGACAUUGAUGACUUCAGGGACAAAUUAAACUUAAAAACCGUGGCUAUGAACAUGCUCAAAACUCACAGUUGAGUACCGAAACCACAAAAUACCAAUAACAUCAAAUUACAUGUAGUGAGCCAAAUGAGUGUUAUGAGAAAAAAAGUUGAACACAAUGCAGUCACACCAAGUGGCAUGGACACUAAUAGGAAAGGCCCCAUUGUCUCCUAGGCUCUAUGAUAAGGCUAGCUGCUACAAUUUUUGGGAAAUGAGCCCAUCCUAUUCUCCUCCCUUCUUUAAGAGGAAAAUUGGACCUAUGAGCAGCUGGUAACUAAGCCAAAGAGUCUACCUCAUGGAGCUGUCCUUGUGGACACAUUCUCUAACGAGGGGUAGCAGGGACAUCACUAAGAGCAAGCUAGCUGCCAGCUAAUUUUACCAGCUGUAAAAGACCUUACCAUUGGCUCAAAUUGCUCUGGAAAACAGGUAAAUGGCAUAUAUUUGAAGGUGUAGUUAAAAGCCAGGUUGACUAAUAAAAAGUCUGCUUAGCUUUUCCUUAGCUACAUCCCAGGGGUAGGGCACACAGGUACAUGUAAGGAAAGAUGGGAAGAAAAAACUUUCCCUCACCCCCUGCCUGAUCCCAACCACAAGGCCUGUUUACAGCCUGUAAAAUUAUGGACUGAGGUAAAGACAACAAGAAACUUUAGAGCCAGCUGAAUUUUCCAUUAUAGUCAGGUGUCCAUAGUGUGGAGGUGUCUUUAGGAAAACAUUAUUAUUAACUAUAACAAGGAAAUAGAAAAAAGACCAAAACUGGCAAAAUUAUGACAAAAAAAAAAACUUAAAAACUUGUGGGCCAGUUAAAGAAACAAAUAGGGUAUUUGUUUAAGUCACAGGUUAAAAGAAGUAGUACACAUUCUAUCAUUAUUUAUAUUUGAAUGUCAGUUAUCAUACAGGUACACAUUAGCGUUAUCACAUAAGGUCAAGUGUACACCACUACAAGUUGAACUAUCUUUAUAAAAUAAAAUAAUAAUAUUGUUAAUCAAUAAAGUUAAAUAAGUUAUUGUAUUGUAUGUAACUACCGGAGUAAUAAUUGAGCCAUUACAGAUAAAAUUCUAUUCUUAUACUGUAUAUGUGGAAAGUAAAAAAAAUUACCUUUUGUCAGCUGAAUCUAGUCACAAGUCUCUAUUUACAAUACACAGUUGUUGACUUAUUUAUGCCUUCUGGAUAUUCUAGAUCUAUUUUGGAAUGGAGUAAAAAGUGCCUUAGCACUGAAAAUUGUACACAUCUUAAAAGUGCCAGUAUAUGUAGAAGUAGAUGACUAGUCCCCCUGUUUUUUAAUCAUUAUUAAAUAGUUUUAAGUUUUAAAAUAUAUUUAAAUGUUUCCUAAUGUUGACAUAGCCUAAAACAAGUUUUGAGGCAAAUAAAGAGGAAAGCUGUGAGGCACUUUAGAGGAAAAGGAAGAGGAUUUCCCCCAUCCCUGUCAAGUAGUAACAAAGCUGGCCUAAACAUGCAUGGUUUAUAUUCAACAUCAUUAAUAUUUUUAAAUUAACCUAAGUGUUGAGCAGGUGGAAAUAUAUUCCACAGGAAGUGGUAAAAUUGCCAGCUACCAACUAAUUUUAACGGGGCCGUUUACGUGAUGAAAAUUCCAAAAUUUUCUUUGGUGGAAUUUACCAAGUAGAAAUUCCCUCUGACAAAAUUAAUUAUUAUUUAAACUCCUAAUUUGUUGGCCAUGAAUACAUAAUUAAGAUCAUGUGCAUACCGUGGUAAUCUUUAUUUUCCUUACAAUAGGACCAUAAACUCCUGAC